CGCCACGCCCCUUGCGGUGACUCCAUUUUGUGCUAGUGGAAGGAGCUGCUGGUUGUAUUUCCGGGUUGUCGGAGACCGGGCAGACCGGAAACCGAAGGGAGCAGCGGAGAGAGGGAUUCGUGUGGUCCCCACCCCAUAUAGGGGCUGGUUACAGGAGUUAAUCGUUAGAGGUUAAUAUUAUUAAGAAAGAUGCCUAUCGCCCCCCCACCACCACCGGGACCUCCCCCACCUCCGACCUUCUCCCAGGCGAACACGGAGCCCCCUCGGCUUUCCCGUGGCGAGCAGAGAGGCCGGGGGGCUCUUCUGAACGAUAUCUGUAAAGGAGCUCAGCUAAAGAAGACCACUGCGGUGAAUGACCGGAGUGCCCCAGUGUUGGAAAAACCUAAAGGUUCAAGUGGUGGUUCUGGGUUUGGACCAACUGGUGGAGGAGCACUGCAGCCGAAAGGAGGUCUCUUCCAAGGAGGAGUUCCCAAACUGAGGCCAGUGGGGACCAAAGAUAUCUCAGAAAGCCCAUCUGGUCGGUCUCCUCUUCAGGGUUCAUCUACAAGACCAGCUGCUCCCCGUCCCCCAGUUUCAGGAGGGAGACCCCAGGAUGAUACUGAUAGCAGCAGCAGCAGCAACCGUUCUUCCCCUCCGGAAAUUGGACGAGCUCACAGGCCGUCCUUGCCAGAUCUUACGCGCCCCCCUAAUACCACUAGUCCUGGAAUGAAGCACAGUUCCUCAGCCCCUCCUCCACCUCCUCCUGGGCGACGCCAUGCUAGUUCAACACCUUCUCCCGCUCAAAGCGCCAAACCCUACAGUAGGGAUAAACCCCUGCCUCCAACCCCAGGACAUCGGGCCCCUGCUGCACCUCCAGUGAAGCCCCCUCCCUCUCCAGUCAACAUGCGGACCCCUAAUUCUCAGGGACAGCCUCCUCCUCCGCCACCUUACAGACAACCCCCUCCUUCUGUGAAUGGACCACCAAGCCCCAUAAAUGAGCCACCCCCAGAUCUACCACAACGGCACAACUCUCUCCAUCGUAAGCAACCUGCACCAGUGCGAGGACUGGCUCCUCCUCCACCUUCAGCAAAUCUAUCUCCGGGUGGUAACAGACCACCACCCCCGGCCAGGGACCCUCCUUCUAGGGGAGCAGCUCCACCUCCACCACCUCCCAUAAUACGUAAUGGAGGUCGUGAUGCACCUCCUCCUCCUCCCCCUCCUUACCGAAUGCAUGGCACAAUGGAUACAACACAGAACCGGGCAAAGCCACCCCCUCCUCCCUCUCGAACUCCUUCUGGACCUCCGCCGCCACCACCUCCUGUUAGGAAUGGACACAGAGACUCUAUCUCUGUUGGGAGGUCAUUUGCAGAUGACUUUGAAUCAAAAUACUCCUUCCAUUCAGUGGAUGAGUUUCCUGCUCCCGAGGACUACAGACCCUUUCAAAAAAUCUACCCCAGUAAAUCAAUCAGAGUAACCCGUGGAGCUCCUCCGCUGCCGCCCAUUCCAAGGUGAGACGAGAUUGCCAGUCUCUGCUGCCUGGACUCUUCACCCCAGCCCUUCUCCUCUCCAUCCGCCUCUUACAGGGUGGGGUUGCUCCCGCAUGACAACAUUUGUGAACAUAAAGGAGCUGGGUGCCCCCUGCUGCCUGUCUAUGCAUUCCAUAUCCUUGCCACCGACACCGCCCUCUCCACACCUUGCACGGGAGGGGGCAUUGUACGGUUCCAACUCCUGGGUCUGGUCAAGGAGCUUACGAUCCUGCCCCUUCCAUUCUAUAUUUGUUAGACUUAUAAGAUGAUUAAUUUUGCUAAUGCCAUGAGAAACUGAAUAGUUUAAUACAUCUGUAGGAAGAGGUUUUGAGGGGUAAGUAAAACUCCACAGUGUAGACACUAUAAGGGAGAGCAGUUAUACUAUUGGAUUACGUAACCUGUUGAAUAAGGAUUCCCCGGAAGCUGCCCAGCGCUCCCAGGCCUCAUACUCCACAGAAUGCACUUUUAACUUACCCAGAGAGACCUGGCACAACCAUUUCCAGGCUGCUGCGGGGUCAGGACACUGGAGUUUGGACUCGGGCUGUGGACCUCAACUGGUUGAAACUGGGAGCGUGAUUAAUGCCAAUUGCAUCUUCAGCAACACUAAUUGUGCGACAUGGCUGGAGAAGACACUGGCACAAGAGACCAAGGGACGUAUCGGAAUUGCCGGAUUACAAAGAGUCUCUGAAGCGUGACUUGUUUUAAUGGACGUUGUUUGUGUUUAAUACGGUGAUGGGGACGAUUUUUAUUUUUUGGUGGUUAUGCACUUCGCUGUCUAUGCAGAUGAGCAGAUGAUGAGAGGAGGGUUAUUCAUAAGUGGUGUUUUUUUCAUUUUUAGGUCACUGGAAUCCCCCCAACCUUAGUUUUUGGUCUUGCCGUAUGGUUCAUGACUGUAAUCUUAAUACCCCACCUGUCUUUUCUUUAUGCUUCCCAAUAACCAUGACUGUACUAUUAACCCCUUGCCACCCGUAUGUAUCAGGAACGCGCUGUGGUUACCAGUUUCCUCUCUGGUUAUGUGUAGACGAGCUAUGACAAUACUAAGGUUUAUAAUGGACCACACUCGGGGUAUUGGACGUUUUUAGCGUGUAGUUAGAAAAGCACAUAUAGCACCAGUGCAGAGACUCUGCAUUGUCAUACAGUGCACCAUGUAGAGACAUUCACUGUCAUUUGCUGUUGCAGCAUGUUGGUCAUCUGUGUAUAGAGCUGCAGCAUGUAUGUGACUGCCAACCCCCAAUGCUGCUUGGGUUUAUGGGGAUUCAUUUGCCUUAUAUCAAGGGUUCACAUUUUGUGCCAGUUGUUUCACAUGGGUUAGGCUCAUGGAAUAUCUUCACCAGGUCUACAGCUGCAGGUUUCCUCUUCACUUUUCUGUGGUCUUUCCACCAGCUGCAGUUGUAUGGAGGAAAGCUUUAGCGUCAAGGUGUCCGUUCUUUUCACGCCCGUCGCAAUGAAACUUUCUUCUUUGAGAAACCCUAGAAUAAAAGGAAUUACUCUUUAGUGAAAUCGGGUUGCUCAUGUUGAAGUAACUGCAGGAAUAUCAUGCACUUGGAUAAAUAACAGGCUGUCCCUUUCCUAAAUGUAUUCAGUUUUAAGGCCUUUGUGGUAAGGUGAAAUGGUCUGGUCGGCUACACAUGGCAGGCAUUGCCCAACUGCCUGCAGCCCUUGGCAUUGUUUGGCCUGAGCCUUGCAUGGCCUUGAUUAUAAUCAUUUCAUCCAGUGACAACAUUGGCUAUUGCCUGGCCAUGAUAAAUGGCCAGUCCACCCUACAUAGAUAUAUACAAUCAUUAUAUUCGCUAUGAAGGCACAGAGCAUGGACUUAAGACAAGAUGGCUUGACGUGGCCAAAGUGUAAUGACCUUUAAGGCCUCAUGCACACGACUGUUGUGUGUUUUGCGGUCUGCAAAACACGGAUGGCGUCCGUGUGCAGUCCGCAAUUAGCUAUUGGUAUAACUGCCUAUUCUUGUCC